AUGAAUCAAACAUGGACCGGUUUAUCAAAUGCCGAUAAAAUAGGCACACGUUAUGAUUUUAAUAAUUUUUUAUUAACUGCUGAUCUUUUUCUUAAUAAUACAUUACAAAUAUCAAAUGAUAUAAAUGUAGGUUAUCAAUCAUUUUUUUCUUCAUCAACAGUUGCAUCUCGAAUAAAUUCGAAUAAUUCAAAUAUAAAUCAAAGUUCAACUAUAAAUCCAACAGAUACAAAUGGAAUUUCAACAUCAGUUAUAAGAAUUAUUUUGACAUUUUUAAUGUCAACAAUGGCCUUAUUAACUGUCUCGGGUAAUUCUUUAGUUAUUAUUGCAUUUAUAUGUGAACCAACUAUACGUACAUAUUCGAAUUAUUUUAUUCUUAAUCUUUCUAUUGCUGAUUUACUUAUUGGUCUUAUAUGUAUUCCAUUAUAUGCUCAUAAAAUUAUCUUUGAUGGAUGGCAGUUGGGUUAUAUAUCAUGUAAAAUAUGGCUUGUUUUUGAUUAUUGUGUUGGUUCAGCAUCAACAUUAUGUAUUGUUGUUAUAUCUUAUGAUCGUUAUCAAAUGGUAUCAAAAGGAUUAAAUUAUAUGUCAAAAACGACAAUUCGACGUGCAUUAAAAUUUAUGUUAGGUACAUGGUUGAUAGCUACACUUAAUUAUGCUCCAGCAAUAUUAUUAUGGGAUUGGAUGCCUAGGAGUGAUCCAUGGUAUCAUCAUUCAUGUGAUCCACCAUUUGCUAACAGUUUUGCAUAUAUAGUGACAACAGCAUUUGUAGAAUUUUUUGUACCAUUUUUUAGUAUAACAACACUUAAUUUACUUGUUUAUUUGAAUAUUCGACAACGUUCACGUGGACUUAUACGUACUAAUAAGAAUAAUCCAGCAGAUUCGAAAUCAACCUUAUCAACUCAUAUACCAAAAACAAAUCCUGCCGCUUUAGAAAAUGGUUCUAAUGGAAAAAAUGAUCAUAAUGAUGAACAAGAGCUUAUUCAACUUCAAUCAACAAAUAAUACUCCAUUACCGACAUCAACAACAUAUUCGAAAUCAUCAUCAUCAGCAUCCUUAGCACGUGAUCGUAAAGCAGCAAAAAAUUUAUUUAUAUUCGUUUUUGUAUUCGUUCUAUGUUGGUGUCCAUAUACAUUGUUAACUCUUAUACGUGCAGCUUUAAAUGAACGAGCUGAUAAGUAUAUAUCAGGAUCUGUCUAUGAAAUAACAUUUUGGUUAUUAUGGUUAAAUUCAACAAUUAACCCAUUACUUUACUCGUUUCUUCAUGUUAAAUUUCGUGAAGCUUUUUAUCGAAUAUUAUGUUUUUAUAGAGUAAGACAUCGUCGCCGAUUAUAA